AUGACGUACCUGAGAAUGGAUAAUUUCAAGAUUCAUACAGUCAUCCACAGCGACUAUCUUGUGUUUGACAAAUCCGGCAAACUACCAUUCAGCAUAUCCUUCGGCUUGUGUCGACCUUUGAAUGGCGAUACUGAUUCUCGAAACGUGGGCUUGAAGACGACAAGAUCCAUUCUUGACAUCCCGUAUGCGCUCUCCAAUGGGCUACUUUUAUUACAAGAGGAUGAUACCGACGUUGAUGUUGGACAAUUAAAGCCCACGGACCCCGACAGUCUCGACAGACUAUUUCUGUCUCUCAGCUCGCCAGUUGGCAAAGAUGAUAAUAUCAAAGAAGACUGGUCUGUGUAUCACUACCCCAUUCUCCCUGAUAGCGAUCUAGCGGUGUUACUCAAGCCCGGAAAGAAGUACACAAUCAGGCCCAAAGUUGGAGAUUUGGGAGAAUACGUCUUCAUUAACGAGAAUGGUCAACAUUCCGAGCCAAACGAGGCAGAGAAGCUGUGUAGCACCAGAGCAAAUGGCACGGCACUAUUCGAUGUGGUGGAAUCUCUCCCCUGGCCUCCCAAGAUAGAGACAACGAUGAAAAGAUGCAACGACACGCAAGAUGAUGCACUGCGUUUUGAGAUUACGGUUACGAAUAAGGGUACCGAAGCUAUCUGUGUCCAAACCCGCGAUCGCCAAAGGUUUCUCAUCCCAUCAGGGCCAAUUGAACCAGAACCUGGAUGCCCUCCUCUGGAUCCCCGUCCCCGCAUCAUCGACACCGAAAGACCCAACCCUAGAGUAUCUAUCCAGAUCUUUGAUGUUACCACAGGCGAAAUCGUGCGAAGAGCAACCCAACCGGGUGUCUGCGGUCUAUAUGGACAACAUGACCCGCGUCCGAGAUUGGAAACUAUGACUACUUUGAGGCCCGGAGAGCCUAUCAUCAGGCACGUGGACGUUGGUGACCUAGUAUCCAAGCUUCCAGAUGGGAAAUUCGGUCUGAGGAUGGAACCGCGGGGUAUGUGGUGGUGUGUUGGUGACUGCGAAGAGUUCGCAACAGCAGGAGAGGAUCGAGUGCCUGGUCAUCUGUACAAUCCCAAGAUUCCACCAGUGAUGCUGGAGUGCGGGGAUGUUGUCGAGAUAGACGUCAAGGAUGGAGCCGCAAAGUAA